UUCUUUGGAGGAGCCAACUGCUCAGAGUCUGAAGGAAACCUACACAUAUAUAUAUUUAUUAAGCGCAACACUUAUAUCUUGAUCAUAUGUGUAUAAAUUCUUUCCUUGUCUGUAUGGAACACUCUGAUCAACGUCGCUACUGUAGGAUAUCAUUGUCAUACUUCUGAACGGACUCUUUGUCGGAAAGAAUGAUUAAGCAGGGAAAAUUACUAUCAUCGUGUGUCAAUAUAAUCUUUACGUUUGUAUUUAUCGCGGCUCGUCUCACCACCGAUUAUAUGAAACCUCCCCAAAUCCUUCACAACGCUCACUUAAUUAUUGUAGCACUAUCAACGCGCGCGAUGGCCUCGCGGGCCUCCACAUCACGCGGCAGAGGGAGCCACGCGAUAUCUAGAAUAUCCCCAAGGAGCAAAUCGGGUGUAUCCACGUGACCACGUCCUCGAAUUCUUCAUGUUCUAGACAUGGCCGA